CGAUCUGUACAGGUAUUUCGAGAUUUUUUUUUUUUUUUUUUGAGAAUUAGUUUAUUUGGAAAAUGAAGGACACUGGUGUCUGUCGCGGGGCCGCAGCAGCAGGGAGCAUCUCGUCUCACAGUCGCGCAGAAUUCCCGAAGGCUCUCUUGCGGGUCACCAUUCCUCGUGGAAUCAUGAUUCCUCGCUGUAGCAGGUGUUAUCCCCUGGCUAUGAUGAUGAUGAUGGUCAUGAUGGGCUUCUUCGGUGAUGAUGCGAGCAGGGGAAACCGAUUCUUAAUCAAGUAUAGUCCUGUAGGAUUGGGUCUUGCGUCGCCAAUCGUCGACUCAGCCGAUUCAAGGGUGCUAACGAGACAGCAAAGAGAACUUGUAGAUGGAGAUCCUAAGCGGAAGAACGAGGAGAACCACUCGGGCGUGGUGCUUGUGAACAAUAGUCGGAUCUCCUCCCUCUUUACUACAAACCGAUGUGUGGUGAAUGCGUCAACAGAAACCGUGAGACAAUGGUGGGUGCGUCCGGGGUACCGUGAAUGGUGUGCUUCGAUCGUGCGAGACAUGGUCUUCUCCCCGCGUGUUGCCAGCUAUGGCGGGAAUAGCUCUGGCAGUGUUUUUGGCGGGAAAAGCUCUGGCGGCUAUGGUGACGGCAAUGGAAGAUCAAUCUAUUACGUUCUCGAGGAGAGCUGUCCGGUGGAUUCUUCGAGGCCGGAGGCUCUGUCGAGUGUGCUUGUCUCGAUUCGCAGGGCGGAGCUUCUGAAGCUGAGCCACGUGAACGACGACGACGCCGACGACGACGCCAUAUCCGCUGGCAAGGCGAUGGAGAGCGAAGCAGUAACCUACUGGUGGUCGAGUCUGGCUCCCGACGGACCGCGAUCGACUAACGCGACCCCGAUCGCGCAAUCUGUGGGAGGCACGAUGUUGUCCGACCGUCGCGUCGGUCUGUACACAAUGGUCCGCAUCAACGGCAUGGAGAUCUCCACGUCGGGAUCGCAACUCAUCUUGGCCACCGCAUAUGCUGCUUACCCAACGCGUGAGAAAGACGCACUCCUUGAGCACACGUGGACUUCGAGCAUCGUCUUCGUCUCCAUCGCCAACGGCAGCCGAAGAUCGGUUCCGCUCAAUCGAACGGUGGGGAUUGCGGAGAGCUUGGCUUUCGAUCCAUCAAGGACCAGGUUGUACAUAGCAGAUUUUAGAGAGAAGAUUUCGAGGGUUCUCUCUGCACACACAGGAGGACAUGACGAGGAGACUGGCGCAGAGAACUUCGCACAUAGGUUGCAAUUGGAAUGCCCUCUUAGUGGAGACAUCUCGGAUCUUAGCUCAACGAGAGAGCAGCAGUUUGGGAGAGAAGACCUGCCGACCUUCACCCAUGAGCAUAUACAGGACCUGCUUCGAUCGGAGCCAUUGCAAGAUGCGCCGACGGAGAAGGUUAUGUUCUUGAAUCUGGAGGCAGUGGUUUCCACUGCCGAUGGGUGCAAUCUAUUCACCCUGGAGCAGAGGGGUUUAUACGGAAAGGGCCGUGCUUGUUGGAUUAAGCUCACGAGCCCGUGUACCGACUAUAGUAGUACGGUGGACACGGUGGCCACGUGGGAGGGAAACGACAGAUGGACUUCAUUGGCCCUCAACGAGGAGGAUGGAAUCUUGGCUUUGUACGUGGGAUCUAGCAAAGGCGAGAUCUUUGAGCUGCAAAUCAACAAGUCUCAACUCCACAACUGCUACCAUUUUUAUGGAAUGGGAGGCUGCGGAGACGCGGGCGACAGUAAAGUGCAAUGGUACUGGAGAAAACCGUUCACGACCACAGUUGCUGUGGUGGUUGGCGUAGCUGUAGUCGCACUGUUCAUCUAUAGGUGUCGCAAGGAAUGCAGGGCCCGGGUCGCUCCUGCGGAUGACGAUGGCCAAGGUGGAGGUAAUAAUGACUGAGAAGCAAUGAACAGUGAGCAUUCAA